AGCAAUGGAACGAAACUUUCGAUAUUCGGAGCUCCUAUCCUUUAGCUUCAUUCAGUUGUGCCGAUACGAGAUAUCAAAGAGUUUCUUCAUGAUUCUUUACGCAAAUACGAACCCCACAACUUGUUUUUUGCUAAACUUACUCGUAAGGUUGCAAUCCAAGACUUUUUGGAAGCAUGAUUUUGUACGCUGUGUACCUUUCUCCACUAUCACGAUAUCUGGUGAUGCUUUUUCUUGGUGAACACCUUCUGAUUUCGAGACCAGCAAACAUGGUGGAUUUUCCUCCGCCGAACCUAGAAAAACUGGAUAACUUCAUCUGGAAAGGUGUUUGUCGGCCACGUUGAACUCUAACCGAGUCUAACAUCAAAAGACUGUGUUAGCUAAACCAAUACAAGUAAAAUUUUGGAACCAUUCAAUCGGUACGAGAUUUUGUGGGUAACCCCAUAGUAAAGAACAUGUAUGGAAGAUGACGCAGGGGAUUUUAUGGGCAUGUAGAAAGCCAAGAAGAAUUUCGAAUAUAUAAGACCUGAAGCUCAGCUCUUAUUUCCUAACUCAAACAACAAACUUCCUCAUUUCAACGCCAUCAUUACUUCACACCCUCUGUCCCCAACGCUAUACCAAUCAACAACAAACAGAUCUUUUCUCUUCAGAAUGCAUUUCCAAGAUAUAGCGUUCGCUCUCUUUGCUUCUGGAGCAUUCGCUGCACCAGCUUCUUUGGUAGCUAGAGAUUCAUGCUCAGAUGCAUGCUACAGUGCCUACAACACAUGUCGCAGUGCUCCAGAUGCGAAUCGAUCUAGUUGUGCUUCCUCUUUCGCAUCAUGCCUUGGAUAUUCUCCAUAUGAUAGCAAUGGAUCCCUUGUUACUCCAACUGCCUGCUCCAGCCCAGUAACAUCCACCACCACUGCUGCGCCAACUACUACAGCUGAUGCGUGUGUAUCUCAAUGCAAUGCAUCAUAUAAUAGCUGUCGCACUGCGCCAGAUGCAAAUCAAUCCUAUUGCGCUUCCAAUUACGCUUCAUGCCUCGGAUAUUCUCCUUUCAAUAAUAGUGGAUCCUUCGUCACUCCAACUGCAUGUUCAAGCAGCACCGUUACUACUUCCGCCGCAGUACCAACUACUACAGCUGACGCCUGUGUAUCUCAAUGCAAUGCAUCAUAUAAUAGCUGUCGCAAUGCUCCAGACGCAAAUCAAUCCUAUUGCGCUUCCAAUUACGCUUCAUGUCUUGGAUAUUCUCCUUUCGAUAAUGGCGGGUCUCUAGUCACACCAACCGCAUGUUCAAGCAGCCCCGUUACUACUUCUACUGCAGCACCAACUAGCAUCUCCGGUAUCCCAGGUGGAUGUAACCCAGCCCACCCUGGAUCUUGCCCAAGUUCCUAUUUCAGCACUGCUACCACAGCCUCUGCCCCACUUGCCGUCGCCACUGAGGUUCCCCAAGCUGGCGCAAAUCAGUCCUCAGUCGUUGCAGGUCUUCAGUGGACUGUUAAGCAAUUGACCAGAUACUGCUCUGAAGAUGGAUCCGGAUGUGACUAUAACUUUGUCAUUUCGACAAAUGAUGGACGCGCCGACGAGAGAUGUACUGUUAUUCGUAUGCCAGGAAAGGAUGCUGCUACCGAGUCAUGGUAUGGAAUCCCAUGUACUACUGGAUCUGCCAAUACCAUCUCUUGGGGAUACUCUGAUCAAUUUGGUGCCAACAAUGCAUUCGCUGUCAUGACUGUCACCAACUACCAGUCAAAGACCAACGCUUAUUUCGGUAUCGCAUACGUCAAUGAAAACCCAGUUACCCCUUCAAGCCCAGCUGGUUCCGGUAACUUUGGAGACAUUGGUCCUCAACCAGUUUACACUUUCUAAAUGAUAGAAGAUCUAGUGCUUUGGUUUAAUGAAUGGAGAUAGACAUGUUUUGGAUUUACUACUUCAUACCACAUUCCUUUCUAUGUUUUUCUAUUAGCGUUUUUUGAUUUAAUAUAUGGAAAAAUAUCUUGUAUAUAAUAC